AUGCCUCAACCCGCGGCAGAGAGCUUCUACGCAGAUUUCAUCAUUCCCUCGAUUCCCGCUACGUACUUCCCGACCCAGCCUCCCCAAACCCACAUCAAAGGUCGAUCCAAUGUGACCACAACCCAUCAACAACUCCCACCUCACCUCGAUCCUCGACCAGUUCUCAUUCCGAUUCUCAGUGGCAUCAUCUUCUUUCCAAUCAUCGCCUUCAUAAUAAUUUGCGCACUCCGCUACCGGGCCAUGCGACUCCGAAGGAAGGAACAUCGAAAACGCCUCCGCGGAGGCAUUCGCGGAGGGCGCGGCAUGCAUGUGCCCAUUCCAGCACUCGGCGAACGAUCAUCAUACUUCUCACAAAACUCUUCUUCGGGGGAAACUGCAAGCAGACAGCCCAUAGGCGUCCCUUCUUCGAAUCGCCACUCUUCGCAGAUGAGUCGAACUACGAGCAGUCUCCAGGUUCCCACCACAUCAUCAUACCAAGGAACCCAUCGUACGUCACGUUCUACAAGCUUAUCGAUCUUCGAGCCGUCGUUCAUGGAGGAUUCUUCAGAUGAGGAUAAAGACAACGAUAAAGAGAUUCCUGUAUUCGAAGAGGAGCCGAAGCCGCUCAAAAACGCGACAGUGACCCCGGAUCAGGACUGCAGCUCGCCGCUGCCGCAGUUUUGCGACAAGGAGAAUCUCACUGAGGUCAGUUUUGUCGGUCAAACUCCGCCGUUCCCAUGA